CGUGUCUCAGCCGUCACAGCUCGGUCCUGUUACGGCUCCAGAGCAGAGCAGCCUGUCCGGACACAAGGACGCAGCUCCUCCCGGGAGGAGAGAAACAAAAGUGCCCAGAGCUGAGAGCAAUCUGCCGGGGAGAGAGAGGGAUGAGCUCCCGGCAGGCAGGCCGGGGACAGAGCUCUGGAAGCGGAUGAAUGGAUGUCAGCUCCCCUGAAGCAGCUUCACGUGUCCGGACUGAUCCGAGCUGAUACGCAGAGAGAGUCUGGAUGACAUGGACUCAGUCUGAGGUCUGGUUCGGUCUCUGAGUUUCCACAGACUGACUCAAACCAACUUUUUUUUUGAGAUGGAGCCGGAGGAGGGGAAGAUCUCCGUGUGGGUGUGCCGGGAGGAGAAGCUGGUGUCCGGGCUGACGAAGCGCACCACCUGCGCGGACGUGGUUAAAGUCCUGCUGGAGGACCAGAACCUGCAGCAGGGCGCCUCGGCGGCGAUGCUGUCCGGCUCCCCGCAGUCCUACUGCGUGGUGGAGAAGUGGAGAGGCUUCGAGAGGAUUUUACCCAACAAGACGAAGAUCCUCCGGCUGUGGAGCGCCUGGGGGGACGAGCAGGAGAAUGUCCGCUUCGUGCUGGUCAAAAACGAGGCGUCGCUGCCCAACAACGGGCCCCGCAGCGCCGAGGCGCGGGUGGUCCAGAGCCGCGGGGAGAGCGGCGGUCCCGGCGGGGUGCUGAAGGGCACCGCCAGGACCUGCUGGACCGCCGCGGCCGCCGCCGCGAACCUGUCCCAGGAGAAGCAGAGGCGCAUCGUGAGGAAGGCUUUCAGGAAGCUGGACAAGAUGAACAAAAAGAAAGAGCAGACUGUUUGUAAGGACAAAGGCUCCGUGGAGAAGAUGGAGACGCUGGUUCACCUGGUGAUCUCCCAGGAUCACACCAUCCGGCAGCAGAUCCAGAGGAUCAAGGAGCUGGACCGGGAGAUCGAGCGCUACGAGGCCAAGGUGCACUUUGACCGCAUCAAGAGACACGGCGUGAACUAUGUGCAGGACACAUACAUGGUGGACUCCUCGGAGACCCCGCUGUCUUCUUCUAAGGACUGUAAGCGCAAAGCGGAGCGGCAGGACGGCGCGGCGGACGCGCUGGCGCAGUUCGAGGAGUACGCGCGCCGGUGCGAGGAGGUGGUGCGGCUGCAGGAGGAGCUGACGGAGCGGGAGGCGCUGGUGGAGAGCAUCACCGGGGAGAUCCAGGAGGAGCUCAACCGGCGGUGGAUGAAGCGGCGGCGGGAGGAGCGAGGAGCGGAGGCGGCGAAGGACGCGGAGGGCGCCGCGGAGGAGAUGUGCCUCGCGUCUGCCGCUCCAGGUGUGGUGGCACCGGAUGUGGAGAGUUUGUCUGAGAACGAGCUCGUGUUGGAGGAGGAGAGGAUCAAAACACAGCUGGACACCAGUCUGUACAUCGGCCUGCGGCUGAAGACGGACCUGGACGCCAUCAGGGGGGACUUGGACCUGAGUCUGGCACUCUGGGAGACCAAGGAGAGCGAACUUCUGGACCUGCUGGCCAAAGUCGAGACGAUGGAGCUAGAGCAGGUGAACAGCAAACUGACUGUGACCGGGGAUGGUAAAGGGGAGCUGGCGGCAGCAGCAGCUGUGGUGGUGAGUGCCGAGGUCGAGCCGGGGUCAGCGGAGAAGAGCGGUGGUGGUGGCGGUUGGGUGGAGCAGGCCAGAGGUCUGUCCAAGACCUGCAACACCAACGACGAGGACUCGGACACGGGCCUGAGCUCCAUGCACAGCCAGGACUCGGACAACCCGCCUGUGUGCGAGUCUCUGGUGUAGAGACUCGAGACUUUUAUGCAAUUCCACGCCACAAACUCAGGGGCAGAGAAUCAGUGUUGGCAAUACUCACAAUGCACCUCAGUACGGACACUGUAUCUAUAGCAAUAAUCUAUAUGUAGUUGCACAAUAAGCUCGGAGGGACAGCAUGCAGCUCCACCUCUGUAACCUGUAGUCUAACAGCAGCUUGCUUCUGUCAGGAGGUUAGAUCAGCUACGGGAGCUGAAAGAGCUCAAAAUAAAGUUCAAAAUCAGA